AUGGCUUUCAAAGAAAGUUCUAUUAUGUUGCUGGCCUCUUUGGGUGUCGUGUCGGCUUCUUGUAUAUCUUCCGGAGACCAAACAACCAUAAAUAAUCUAUUCUCUUCGGGUGGUGAAGGGACCAUCGUUCAGCUCUGUGCAGAUGCUGCCAUUAUUGUUUCUGGGCCAGUUACGUUCACAGCCUCGAACCAGGAGAUUUCAACAGAGGGCUAUCCCACUGAUGACACCCGGGCAAUUAUUCAGCCUGCCUCGGGCACGAAUACAACUACAAUGAUCACUGGGUACGGGUAUGACUACCUUCGUAUAUUGAACAUUCAGCUUGAUGGGCUUCGUCCUACCCUAGGGUUGGUUGCGAAUGGAGGUGCCAAUAUCGACAUCGGCCAAGGCAGUAACGGGAUUAUCGUAUCGAAUAUCGUAUCCAAGAACACUCGUGGAUGGAGUUGCCUUCAUCUGCUUCAGUCGGGCAACUCUACUCCAUGCACAAACGUGACAAUCAGCAAUAAUAACAUCGGCCCAUGUGGAAACGAGGGCCUUAGCUCUACCGGUGUGUCUCAAUGGGCGGACGGUAUCUCGUUUGCUUGCGAGAACUCUCUUAUAGAGAAUAACUUGGUCAAUGGUAGUACUGAUGGAGGAAUUGUCUUGUUCGGAGCUCCCAAAACGACCGUCAAAGACAACACCAUUAUUUCUUCCAGCACUGAAUCGGGAUUCGGAGGGAUCAACAUGGUCGACUAUCUCUACGGCGGUAGUUAUGACGGUGUUGUCGUGACGGGGAAUACAAUUACGGGGAAAAAGAUGUUCAAUGUCGGGAUUGCCAUCGGUGCAUAUGCCUGGUCUUUCAAUGAUAUUGCUUUGUUGCAAGGACCAGCAACUAUCUCGGACAAUACCUUUAGCGGAAAUCUUCCCUUUGCUAUUGCCAUCAACGGCUGGAGAGGUGGUCUCAUGGUCACUGGGAACGACGUGUCUGGAGUAAACAGCCCGAGCUCUGAUUACUCGGAUUCGAAUUCCUGCAACGCGGCAACCAAGGCGUUGUGGAGCGAGAGUGCUCAUCUGUCGUACUACCCGUCCGGUCUCAUAGGUCCCUCCAGUCUGCAGUCUGGCUUUGUCGCCGCAUCGGCCAACUCAACCAACUUCAUCUGCACUACGCCCCUUCUCCCGACAUCAAUUACGUACGGACUGAAUGGUCUCAAUGUCGGGGUUAACAAUGUCCUUGCCAACCUUCACGGCAAUAUCUACACCUCAUACCAAGGCGACAACAACAUUGUGGUGUACAAUACUGCGACUGGCACCGCCGUCACUGAGUGGGCUUCUGGACAUACAGAUUCCGCCUGCAGCACGACCAGCACGUGCACCUGUGACUUCCAGGGCGAUGGGAAUUUUGUCACGUAUGUGGACGGGGUGGCGCAGUGGUCUUCUGGGACAGCAAGUGAAGGCCAUACGGUGACUUUCUUGAAUGAAUCUCCGUGGAUUGAAAUUGCGAAUGCAGCUGGAGCAGUCAUUUGGACCACCGUUGAUACGUAG